GGAAACCAGCUUUACAUACAAGCAGGUCUUCUUGUGCUAAUACUUGGGAUCAUUAGUGACACGUUCCGUUCUGGGAUAGAUGAUAAAAACACCUUCUAUAUCAGUCGCAGUCCGUUGUUUGUUGGGGCCAGGAGGGGGUAUAAGAUCGACUUCGUCCCACACAAUUCUCAUACAGGUACUGUUUGAUCAGCCCAGUUGUCAUUUGAGAAAAUACAAACACUCAUUCAUUGCCAUUCAUUUUGAUCAUGCCUAAACUCCAAGCACUUAUCUUGGCAGCUCUCAGCUGUCUGCAUGCAACAACUGCAUCAGCCUACCCGCGACAAGAUGUCAAUUUGCGUACGGAAUAUGACUAUAUCAUCGUUGGCGCAGGAGCCUCUGGCCUCACUGUUGCCAACCGCCUAUCGGAAGAUCCUGCUGUGACCGUCCUCGUGAUUGAAGCAGGUGACUUCGAUAAAAAUGAGGACAUCGUGACAAUUCCAGGCCUUGCUGGUAAUGCUGUUGGCACAAAGUACGACUGGAAUCUCACUUAUCCUUCUACCACUUCGCUCAAUGGACGCAGCAUCUCGAUUCCUUUGGGCAAGGUCGUCGGAGGUUCUACCAAGCUGAACCGCAUGGUUUACGAUCGCGGAUCACAGGCAGACUACGAUCGCUGGGCUGAGCUUGGCAAUGGCGAUUGGCAGUGGAAAACCCUGCUUCCUUAUUUCAAGAAGAACGAGAAAUUCACUGGGCCAACUGCCGGUAUCAAGAAGGAAUAUGGCAUCACCACAGACCCUUCUGCUCAUGGGUCCUCAGGUUACAUCCAUUCCAGUUAUUCACCUUUCUUCUGGCCCACAACGAAGAACCUAGUAGAAGCCACCGGAGAGCUCGACAUCAAUAUCGCCGUCGACCAAGCCAACGGCGGCGCGAUUGGAGGAUACUUCUGCCCUCACAACCUCAAUCGCGAGACUCUUGUCCGCUCCUCUGCACAAGAUUACUACAGUGCUGUCUCCCAGCGCAGAAACCUUCAGCUUCUUCCAGGCCAUCAAGUUACUCGUGUUCUCACUAGCAAGAAUGGAAGCUCCGUGAGGGCUAAUGGUGUCGAGUUUGCCAAGAACAGGGACAGCGCCAAGAAGACUCUCAAGGCGAAGAAGGAGGUCAUCCUUGCGGCUGGAGCCGUUCACACCCCUCAGAUCCUGCAGGUUUCCGGCAUUGGUGACUCAGCUUUACUCUCCAGCAUCGAUGUCCCUGUCGUCGUUGAUCUCCCUGCUGUUGGUCAGAACUUCCACGAUCAUGUCUUCCUCGCCGUGGUGAGCACAAUCGAUGCACCUAUUCAAGGCAGCAACCUUACCAAAAACGCCACUUUCGCUGCUGAGGCGCGCGCUGAAUAUGAUCAGCAAAAGAAGGGACCUUUAACUUCACCUACGGCUGAUUUCCUUCUCUUCCUUCCGCUUUCCAACUACACAAGCGCUGCUUCAGAUAUCCACAAGCAAGCCACCGGCCAGGACGGCUCGAAGUUCCUCCCUACAGGUACACCUGCCGAGGUUGUCAAGGGUUACAAGAAGCAGCAGAAAGUUCUUAACGAGAAACUUCUUGACACACGAUCUGCCAUCUUGGAGAUCAUCUGGGCCGAUGGUACCUCGGUACUUGGCCUUCAACACCCUUACUCUCGAGGUUCCGUCAAGGCCAAGUCUUCCAACAUCUUCGACUCUCCUGAGGCCAACCCCGAGUUCCUAAAGAACCCUCUUGACCUCGCUGUUCUUGCUGAAGGUGUCAAAUUUGCUCGAAAGCUCUCCGGCGCGCCUUCAAUCAAGGCCCUGAACCCGUUUGAGCUCGUGCCUGGCGCUAACGUGACAAGCGACAGCGACCUCGAACAGUUUAUCCGUUCCAGUGCAUCAACCUUGUUCCACCCCGCUGGUUCUUGCAAACUUGGUAGCCGCAGUGAAGGUGGCGUUGUUGAUGAGAAGCUCAGGGUCUACGGCGUUAAGGGACUCCGCAUCGUCGAUGCCAGUGUCAUACCUCUGCUUCCCGCCACGCACACCAUGACAACUGUUUAUGCUGUCGCUGAGAAGGCUGCUGAUUUGAUCAAGAGUGGUUAAGCAACUUCUGGACUUCAAACGAACCCAAAUGGCCCGGAAUCAGAAUCGAGCGACGUGUGAUAUUUCCUUUGUAGAUAUUCAUUUGCUCUUUAUUGUAUAGAUUCUCCUAUCAUUUAUAUAUA